AUGGAGCUGGACUCAAUCAAGCUGCAGAUGCGUGAGCUGCAGCGAUACUACGACGAUGACACCAAGAGCGAUGAUGACAUCAUCUACGCUGUGUACAACUGGGUGAAGAGUGCACACGUCGUGGCGCAGUUGCUGCUGCUGGAGGGCCGCUUCCCCGAGCUGCGGCGCUGCCUCGACCUCUGCCGACAAGUCCUGGAGGAGCAGCACGUGGAGGGCGGCGGCCGCACCGUUAUUCAGGGCGCCACCGGUGAGGACCGCCUACUCAUGAACGCCCUGCUGCUGCGCACCACGCAGCUACAGACACAGUACGAGGAGGCGCGCAAAAAGAGCACAGGGCGUGACACGCAGUACUACAUCCGCAAGCUCCUGCGUACCGGCGAGGACGAGGCGGCGCGCGGCAGCUUUAAGGGCGUCGAAAAGCGACCUGUCAGUCCGCCGGAGCGCGGCGUCUCAUUCGGCCGGCGCACACGACUCAACCGCUGGAAGGUGCCGCCGAUCCUGCCGGCACUCGUCACGCAAAGUCAGCCAUUUUUGCGCAGCGCUGCCGAUGGGUACGGCGACGUGUCUACUGACGCUCGCGCGAGGCGAGCGGAGGCGCGGCGGUUGACUGAUGAAAUGGAAGACCAGGACGACGCUGAAGCGCUGGCUGGCGAUGCCGCAAUGACUCCUGCUGCUCCUGCUAUUCCUGUUGCUGUUGUUCCCGAGGCACGCGGAGUGACGGCGAAUGCUAUGCCAUGUGCAGAGCGAACCGAGCCACCCUCAAUCGAGGCGGAGGCAUCGCGUGUGCGCCCAUACACGCUGCCAACCCUCAAAACGAGGGCAGCAACAGGACGAAAGCUGUCGCCGGGGUGCGUGAGACUCGUGCGACCGCGCUCGGCGGAGCUAGGCAGCGCCACGCUUCCCUCAGGUAAUGUCAUGUACCGCCUCAAAGAAGACGCGGGCGCGUACGUCAUGAAGACGGCGAUUGCCAUUAAAUCAGCGAACGAUACAAAAGACCAUGCAGCAGCCCUCAUGCAGGCUCUCCACGAUCGAGCAUCUUCUCUCUUGCAGCGACAGCACCCCUCGACAGACAACCUCAACGGAACCGACAUGGGGAGGGAAAGCGCGGCUCAGGAUCGGGAUCAGAGCGGCGACGUGAUGACUGAGAAUAUGUUUGUGAAACUGCCGUCCUACAGUUCCACGUGUAGUGUGCUCUCGAGGAAGAGUGCAUUGUCAGCAAAGAAUCUCCAUCAAGGCGUGCCGUCACCGUUGAAGUCGCCAAAAACGGCAACGAAGGAAAGUGAAAAGAGCACGUGCACUUCUACUCCGUUUCAACGUGUGGUUGCUCGGGACACAGCAACAGGAUGGCUAUCCGAGGUGUUGAGUGACGACUCCUGCAGGAAGCAAUGGACGGACACCGCAGAUUUGACCUCAUCCCUCUCGUGUGCGGCGCGAAAGCAGCUGGAGGAGGUGUACAAGAGUUACCGGCAGAAAAGAGUAGAACUGAGCUCUGCCGUUGGGGAGAUGCGCUUUAAGGCGGCGGAUCACAUUGGCCUCUUCAAGCCACAGGAACGAGUGGUGCAGGUGGAGGACACAGCCUUAUGGAAGAGUCGUCGCAAACUUCAUGCGGCAACUAGUGAGCGGGGGGCUGUUUUUGUGUCACCGGCGUUGGAGUCGCGUCUGCUUCCCGUCACAGAAGUGCUGGAUGCUGAGUCUAUUUUGAACAGCAGUGGGGCAUUUGUGGGGGGUGCGCCCACACCGACGGUGAAGAUGGCAGCCGGCAGCCGUGAGGUGCUGCCUGUGGAGGGCAUUGCUAGGCUGGACAACGGGGAAGUCAGCAACACCCGUUUUGAGCAGGAGCUGGUACCCACCAUUCCAGUGACCAGCGUCACGACCACGGCGUCCAACGGAGGUCGGAUAGCGACGUUGACGGAUGAGAAGGUGACUCCCUGGCUUGAUGGGAAAAAAUCUAGCGACUUGAUAUCUGAGGAGACGCUCUCGACGGCAAAGAGCGCUGGCCUACCCCCCACCUCAGCACAGCGACGUCUCACGAUGCUUCAGGGGUCUAUUCACAUUGCCUUCCCCGAUGUGCACUCCCUUGUGGUUAGGCGGGCAGAAGAGCAAGUGGAAAAAGAGAGACGCCUCACAAAGUGUGGCGGUAUUCUGCCCGUGCCUCCACCGUCAGCGUCUCCGCCUAGAGAUCCUGCUGCAGUGACUACUGGUGGUGGUGGUGCGCCGCGUCUCUCCACAUUGGAGACGGUUCGAGGUGCUCUGAAUCGUCUCAAGCAGCAGAACCCUGUCCUUUGGACGCCACAAUUGCGCGCAUUACCACGGGGUAGUAUAGGCGAGACACACAGUUGUCUCGAAACGGAGCCCACUACGCGCCGUCAUAGUGAGGCGACGGAGAUGCCGCAGUUGGUCUUGUUCCUCUCCUUGGAUGAACUUCGUCGAGAACCGGACUGGACGUGCAUCGAUGCUGCGAGUUUGAGCAUGUGUCUUGUACUACACAAGGCGGCGGUGCGGGUGCAGUGUCUUUGCCGCAGUCUGAGAGCCAAAAAUGAGCGCAAGCGCCGCGCCGCCGCGGUGGAGGUGCAUUUAGUGGAUAUGUCCAAGUGCGAAGAAGGCGCCAUCACCAUUCAAAGGUACGUGCGCCGAUUUCUCGCCCGGCGAUUGACACUGACGAUCCUACUGCGUCUUAGCUACCACCGCGACCAGCAGGUGACGCUAGAGGCAGCCGGCGACGAUGCGGCACCAGAGAAUGUGGCUCCUUUAGGGCUGCCGAGUGCGUUGGGGAUUCAGAAGGUGUCUGGUACCACCGUUUUCCAGGAGAAUCACGACGCAAGUCGCCGGUUCACGUCAGGGACGCGCCUCUCGUCCUCUGCAAGCAACCUGCGGCAGCGCAGCCUGCAGAGCACGCCGACGCAGACGUUCACGGGGCGGUUGUACGCACUUCCGGUCAGGGGCAGCUGCAUGCAGACUACACGCCUUGGACGGCUGCGCCGCAUUCAAGAAAGCAUCGCCGCGCGUGUUAUUGUGCGAGCCUGUCGCGUGUACAUGUAUAGUAAGCUGUCGAAGUGGAAACGUGAGACGCAUGCCCUAAUACAGUUUGUCACCGGUCAGCUGUCUGCGGCGGAGGCGUUCGGUUCUCUUGGGGCCGGCGGCACAGCGGCAUUGCAAAUAUUCCCGCUGUCACCGGAACGCGUUACGGGCGAUGUCAUUGCCGCCUGGGAGGCACGCACCGCGGAGGCGCGGCGGCAUGGGGACUUGAUGACGCCGCUUGAGCCGGUAAAGCUGUCGGAGUUGCGGCGCAUCUUACAACAGCGUCACGAGGCGGAGGAGGCAGAGCUGUGGAAGCGGCAGGAACUGCGACUCCAGGAGGAGGAAGAGGCACAGCAGAAGCAACGCGUGCGAGUGGAUGCAGUAUUGCUGCUGCAGCGCUGCACACGCGGCUACCGGGCGCGUUGCUGGAUCCUCAUUUACCAGCAGAAGUUGCAAGGGCUGCUAACGCUUCACCACCGCAAGGCGGAGCUGCUCGAUAACGCCUCGCUCGGUAUGACACAUCCUCAUAUUGUAAACGCCAACGGGAAGUUUUCCCUCGCUGCUUCAUUGGUGGACACGACGGCGUAUUCAGAGGCCCAUCCAGUUCCGCCUCAUGUGGCCGACGUCAUCAUGAAAGGCCUUCAGAAGCGCCACCCCAGGUGGUUUGUGCGAGACGUGGAUGCAUAUCGCAAGAGAUUGGAAGCAGUUGGGUUGCUGCAAACGUUCUUGCGAUGGCGUUCCAGCUUGAAUGUUCUGGCUGAUCACUUCAGUGAUGUCAACGCCACGUUGAUUCAGCGCAGGUGGCGCCUCCUCCUCAGGCGUCGUGAGCUGCUCGACACGCAAAAGGCGGUGCAUAUGAUGGAAACUCUAGAGAGCAUGGAGUAUUGUGACCACGAUGCAAUCAUGUAA